AAAAAUAAACACAACAAGCUUUUUAUUCCCCAUUUAUCCAAACAAUGAAUAUGCUCAAAACUUAUGGACAAAAUUACCAUCAAUUAGUACCAUCAUUUAUAAGUUCCAAAUAUAGAAAUGCAAAUGCUAAUUAUGUUGUAGAACCAUUAAAAUUUGCUUAUAGAAAAAAGCAAAUGCAAAGCUUAGUAGUGAGAGCAAGUAAUGGUGAAAGGCGUACUUUUUUGACACUAGAAGAAGCUGGCCUUGUUGAAAUGUCCGGCCUCAGCACUCAUGAACGUUUUCUAUGUCGAUUGACGAUUUCAUCACUCAAUUUAUUAAGAGUGAUAGGAGAACAAGAAGGUUGUUCAAUUGAAGAAUUAAAUGCUGGGAAAAUAUGUGAUUGGUUCUUGAAAGAUAAGCUUAAAAGAGAACAGAAUUUGGAUUCUGCUGUACUUCAAUGGGAUGAAUCUGAUUUCCAACUAUAAUUCUCCCUCUAU